GACUAAAUGAAACUGAAAUGAAAGUUCACUUCCUCAUUGUGGAUACCUCAUGUGACAAGUUUUGAUUUCUUUUUAAAGCAACUGAACUAAUGUAUCUCUCCCUCCUGUGACAUCUUUGGAGUGAGCACGCCAACUCACGGAUUUUUACUAUGGAAGCUCCUGCUGGGUCUAUCGUCAGAAUGAAAUGGCUGGUUUGGGUGUCCCUGGUGUGGUCCUUCACAGUGGCCCAUGUCCAUGAAGAUCCCACCCUGGAUCAUCAUUGGCAUCUCUGGAAGAAAACCUAUGGCAAACAAUACAAGGAAAAGAAUGAAGAAGUAGUACGGCGUCUCAUCUGGGAAAAGAAUCUAAGGUUUGUGAUGCUUCACAAUUUGGAACAUUCAAUGGGGAUGCAUUCAUAUGAUCUAGGCAUGAACCAUCUAGGAGACAUGACCAGUGAAGAGGUGGCAUCUUUGAUGAGUUCCCUGAGAGUUCCCAGCCAAUGGCAGAGAAAUGUCACCUAUAAGUCAAACCCUAAUGGGAAAUUGCCUGAUUCUAUGGACUGGAGAGAAAAAGGGUGUGUUACUGAAGUGAAAUACCAGGGUGCCUGUGGUGCUUGCUGGGCUUUCAGUGCUGUGGGAGCACUAGAAGCACAGCUAAAGCUGAAAACAGGAAAGCUGAUAUCUCUCAGUGCACAGAACCUGGUGGAUUGUUCAACUGACAAAUAUCAGAAUAAAGGCUGCGGAGGUGGCUUCAUGACAGAGGCUUUCCAGUACAUCAUUGACAACAAUGGCAUUGAUUCGGAAGCUUCCUAUCCCUACAAAGCCGUGGAUGAAAAAUGCCAUUAUGAUUCAAAAAAUCGAGCUGCUACAUGUUCAAAGUACACAGAGCUACCCUUUGGAAGUGAAGAUGCACUGAAAGAAGCUGUGGCCAAUAAAGGACCUGUUUCUGUUGCCAUAGAUGCGAGUCAUCCUUCAUUCUUUCUCUAUAGAAGCGGUGUCUACGAUGACCCAGAAUGUACUCAGAAUGUGAAUCAUGGUGUGGUAGUGGUUGGCUAUGGUAAUCUUAAUGGGAAAGACUAUUGGCUUGUGAAAAACAGCUGGGGCAUCAGCUUUGGUGAACAAGGAUAUAUUCGAAUGGCAAGAAAUAGUAAAAAUCACUGUGGAAUCGCUAGCUAUUGCUCUUACCCAGAAAUCUAGAGGAUCUCUUCAUUUUACAAGUCAAGAAAAUGAAAUAUCACCUUAAUUUGACCUUCUAUAUUCUGGAGAAAUAAGUAUGUCACAAUCAAUGUAUAUUUACUAUGUUAACUGGAAGAUAUAACUUGCCUCUUCACUUACAUAUCUCUGAGAAAAGCUUGCAAAUUAAGUUAUAAAUUUACUGUAGACAUAACUAUAUGAACUGGUCUUCCUGAGAUAAUCUGUUGUGUCUGUCAGUGUUUUAUUUUACAUUCUGUCAUUUUGAGUCUCCUAUAGCCUUUUGGAACAUGAUGGCCUAAAAAUGUUUAAUAAAUCUGUCAUUUCAAAUUUC